AUGGCGAAAGAUCGCAAGCUCAAAACGGCGCUUGACAGAUUCCAAGGUGUCGACCACAAACUCGAGCGCCAGAAAAAGUUGCAGAAAGAAGCAGAGAAGCGCAAUCGGCGGAAGAAGGCCGACGCUGGCGCCGGCGCACAGGAGCAGAAGGAGCCAGCAGACAAGAAGAGCAAGAGACAAGCAUUGACGGAUCAGAGAUUGGCACAAGAGUCCCUGGCCGCGGAUGCUGCAGAGGCAUUGGAGGCGGAGAAUGGCGGAGAAGUGGGCGGCUGGGAGACGGAUGAGAGCGAAGCUGCGGUAGAUGGCGAGAUUGGUGGAGUUGGACUCAGCGAGCUCGUCGACGAUUCCGACUCUGAUGCAUCCGAGGAGGAAGAUGAAGAUCUCGAGCAACCGAACGGCGCAGCAGAAGGGGAAGAAGACAUACCACUCUCCGAUAUCGAAUCCCUGGCUUCAGACGAGAGAGGCGACGUGAUACCGCAUCAGCGACUGACCAUCAACAACACCACCGCCCUCCAACGCUCUCUUAAAGCCUUCGCCUUACCCUCGAACCUGCCCUUCUCCGCGGUGCAAUCCGUCACCUCAGCCGAGCCAGUCCAAAUACCCGAUGUGGAGGAUGACUUGAACCGCGAACUCGCAUUCUACAAACAGUCCCUUGAUGCUGUCAAAGAGGCACGACAGCUGCUCAAGAAGGAAGGCGUCCCCUUCGCUCGCCCCGCGGACUACUUUGCCGAAAUGGUCAAGUCGGAAGAGCAGAUGGGUAAGGUGAAGCAGAAGAUGGUCGACGAGGCGGCACGCAAGAAGGCCAGUGUCGACGCGAGACGACAGCGUGACCUGAAGAAGUUUGGCAAGGCGGUGCAGGUUGCGAAGCUGCAGGAGAGAGACAAGGCGAAGAGGGACACGAUGGAGAAGAUCAAUACCUUGAAGAGGAAACGGCAAGGUGCUGAUCUCAAGGCCAACGAGGACGACAUGUUCGACGUGGCGCUCGAAGACGCAGCAGAGAGCGAGAAGGCAGACCGUGCAGGUCGAAGGGGAGGCAAUGGAGCCGGUGGUAACCGUAACAAGCGACAGAAGAAGGACGAGAAGUUUGGAUUUGGUGGGAAGAAGCGAUUUGCAAAGAGCAAUGACGCGAAAUCGGCCGGCGAUGCGACGGGGUAUUCGGUCCGCAAGAUGAAGGGCAGGCCGGUGAAGCAGAGGCCGGGAAAGAGUAGGAGGGCCAAGUCUUCGUAA